AAUAAAGACCUUUUUUGUCUCACUCUAUUCCGGUUAAACAGGAGUGAGAUGUUAGUAUAAGGGUCGCCAUUUUUAAUCCCAUUUAUUAAUUGAUAGUGUUAUACUUGUAUAGAAGAGAGGAGAGGAAUCAAAAUUUUGUUAGCUAAAACACGUCGUGUGCAAUGUUUCAAUCUGUUUUACUAUGCUUGGAGUGAAUUCUGUAUAAUUGUGACGCAGUAUUGUUCAUUUUUGUAAUGUAGAACGUGUGUCUUAGAAACUCCAUCAUAAUGUCGCUCGAAAUACCAUUGAUGAGCACUGAUGAGGUGAUCGAAUUAGAUCCCGAUCAGUUGCCGUCAGGUGAUGAAGUGCUUAGUAUAUUGCAACAAGAACGUUCGCAAUUGAAUGUUUGGAUAAAUGUUGCGCUUGCCUACUAUAAACAGAAAAAAAUCGAUGAUUUUCUCAAAAUACUGGAGGAGUCCCGUGUGGACGCGAACAUUGAUUAUCGAGACUUUGAAAGAGAUCAAAUGCGUGCAUUGGACAUGUUGGCUGCUUAUUAUGUACAGGAGGCCAACAAAGAAAAGCCGAAGGACAAGAAAAAAGAGUUGUUUACUAAAGCAACCUUGUUGUACACAAUGGCAGAUAAAAUUAUUAUGUAUGACCAGAAUCAUCUUCUUGGACGAGCUUACUUUUGCCUCCUUGAAGGUGAUAAAAUGGAACAAGCUGAUGCACAGUUUAAUUUUGUCCUGAACCAAUCCCCAAACAAUGUGCCGUCGUUACUUGGUAAAGCCUGUAUUGCAUUUAAUCGUAAAGAUUACAGGGGUGCAUUAGCAUUCUAUAAAAAAGCGCUUAGGACAAAUCCUGACAGCCCGGCUGCUUUACGGCUUGGUAUGGGCCACUGUUUUAUGAAGCUCAAUAAUCAGGAAAAAGCAAGAAUGGCCUUUGAAAGGGCUUUACAGUUGGACCCACAAUGUGUAGGAGCAUUGGUUGGACUUUCUAUUCUCAAAUUGAAUCUUCAAGAAAAUGAAUCAAACAAAAUGGCUGUUAUCAUGUUGUCCAAAGCCUAUGCUAUUGACCCCAAAAAUCCUAUGGUCUUGAAUCACUUAGCCAAUCACUUCUUUUUCAAAAAGGACUACAGCAAAGUUCAGCAUUUAGCUUUACAUGCUUUCCAUAAUACGGAGAAUGAAGCGAUGCGCGCUGAGAGUUGUCACCAUCUUGCAAGAGCGUUUCAUGCACAAGGUGAUUGCGAUCAGGCUUUCCAGUAUUACUAUCAAGCGACGCAGUUUGCUCCUCCAAAUUUCGUUCUACCCCACUAUGGACUGGGGCAAAUGUAUAUCUACAGAGGAGACACUGAAAAUGCUGCACAAUGCUUUGAAAAGGUAUUGAAAGCGCAACCCGGAAAUUACGAGACCAUGAAGAUCUUGGGUUCCUUGUACGCCAACUCGCCGUCGCAAUCUAAACGUGACAUAGCUCGUCAACAUCUAAAGAAAGUAACGGAACAAUUCCCAGACGAUGUGGAGGCGUGGAUUGAAUUAGCACAAAUAUUGGAACAAAACGAUUUACAGGGUUCCUUGAAUGCCUAUAGCACAGCAAUGAAGAUUCUCAAAGAGAAAGUUGAUGCGGACAUUCCUGCUGAAAUCUUAAACAAUGUAGCUGCCUUACAUUACAGGCUAGGAAACUUGAAUGAAGCUAAAAACUACCUAGAAGAAGCUCUUGAGAGGGAGAAGGCAGAUGCUGAAACUUUGGAUGCCCAGUAUUAUAAUUCAAUAGCUGUUACAACUAUGUAUAAUUUGGCUCGACUUAACGAGGCGUUGUGUGUAUACAAUAAGGCGGAAAAACUCUACAAAGACAUAUUGAAGGAACAUCCCAAUUACAUAGAUUGCUAUUUAAGGUUAGGCUGUAUGGCUCGAGACAAAGGUCAAAUCUAUGAGGCCUCUGAUUGGUUCAAAGAGGCGUUGAAGGUGAACACUGAACAUCCCGAUACUUGGUCGUUGCUAGGCAACCUGCAUUUAGCCCAGCAAGAGUGGGGACCGGGCCAAAAGAAAUUCGAGAGGAUAUUGCAGAAUGCUUCCACUUCUACAGACGCUUACUCGCUCAUAGCCUUAGGUAAUGUAUGGCUACAAACUUUACACCAGCCAUGUCGCGAGAAAGACAGAGAGAAGCGACAUCAAGAGAGAGCACUCGAUAUGUACAAACGGGUGCUGAAAACAGAUCAGAGAAAUAUAUGGGCCGCUAAUGGAAUUGGCUGUGUUCUUGCGCAUAAGGGCUGUGUGAACGAAGCUCGCGAUAUUUUCGCUCAAGUGCGCGAAGCCACCGCUGAUUUUCCAGAUGUAUGGAUGAACAUCGCCCACAUAUACGUUGAACAGAAACAAUACAUCAACGCUAUACAAAUGUACGAGAACUGCAUCCGCAAGUUCCGCAUGCACCACGACGUGGAAUGGCUCACUUGGGUAGCGCGCGCCCACGGGCUCGCGUCCCGUCCGGGGGCCGCGCGGGCCGCCUUACUGCGCGCGCGCCGCGUGGCCCCGCACGACCCCGCGCUCACCUACAACACGGCGCUCACGCUGCGCCGCCUCGCCGCGCACGUGCUCAAGGACGAGCGCUCCGAGCUGAGCCACGUGCUGCGCGCCGUGCACGAGCUGCAGGUGUCUCACAGGUACUUCCAGCGGCUAGCGUCCGCGGAAGGCGGGGAAGGUACCGAAAGGGCUCGAUACGAACCGGCCGCCGCCGCUGCUGAAGCGAGAACGUGCGGCGAUCUCCUCUCUCAAGCGCAAUGGCACGUGGCCAGAGCGAGACGGCAACACGACGAGGAAGUCACGCUGCGGGACCGGCAAAGGGAACAACGCGAGGCAUUCAGGAGACAACAGGAAGAAGAACGCCGCCGUCGCGAAGAGCAACAACAGAAGAGCACAGUGGAAAUGCUCCAGAAGCGUCAAGAGUUCAAGGAGAAGACGAAGAACGCGCUGCUAUUCGCCGACAUGCCGCCCGAGGGUAAAUCUAAGGGCGGCGGCCGCGGGAGGAGGAAGGAUGAAUAUAUUUCCGAUUCGCCCGGCAGCGGCAGCGAUGCACCGAGGGAAGAAGGUCGCGAGCCGAAACAGAAAGGUCGUCGCAAGCGCGAACCCGGCGAAGGGCGUAAAGGAAGAUCUAAGAAACGCAGAGAGCCCAGGGGAAGCGGCAGUGACAGUGAUCCACCACGCAAGCGGGGCAGAAAGAAGGGCGAAAAGGGCAUAGGCCGUCGGGAGAAAGCUAAAACGGCAGAAGAUAAACUCGGCACCAAGCAAAGAUUGAAGAUAGUAUCCAAAGAGACGAUAUCUACCUCCGAAUCUGACUCGGAUGGGGGCGGCAAACGCAAGUCACGUAGCCGUAGCCGCAGCCGCAGCCGUAGCGGCAGUCGUAGCGGUAGCGGCAGCCGUAGCCCGCCGGCUAAUAAAGGGAGGAAGAGGAUUAUGUCAGCUUCCGAUAGUGAUAGGUCUCGUUCGCGCUCCAGAAGUAAGUCAAAGUCCAAAUCGCGCAGUCGUUCCAGAUCUAAAAGCGGAUCGCGAUCUAAAAGCCGGUCAAGGUCGAGAAGUCGAUCGAAGUCGAAGAGCCGAUCGCGGUCAAAGAGCCGGUCGCGGUCAAAGAGCCGAUCGAGGUCGAAAAGUCGAUCGAGGUCCAAAAGUGGUUCCAGGUCUAAGAGUCGGUCUAGAUCGAAGAGCCGAUCUAGGUCGAAGAGUGGUUCGAGGUCAAAAAGUCCAUCGAGGUCGAGGUCUAGGUCGAAAAGCAAGUCACGAUCGCGGUCGCGGUCAAAGAGCGGGUCGCGGUCACGGUCACGAUCCAAGAGCGGCUCCAGGUCGCGCUCCGGGUCACGAUCCAGGUCAGGGUCGAGGUCAAGAUCGGGAUCGCGUCACUCCCGGCCGGCCACACCCGAAUCCAGGAAGUCAGUCUCCGCUAGCGAAGAUGAAGCUUAAGCUCUACUGUAAAUACGUUAAGGUCUGCUUUCGUCUGGAAAGUGUACUUUUCGAUCAUCCUAGACAUAUUCCACGUUUGCCUAGGAACAAUAAAACUAUUAUUUUUAAUGGGACGUCUUGUUUCAUGCCGCUAACAUGAAUUCAUACUUUGCAUGAACAAAUGCAAAGCGUUGUUGUUAAUACAUAUUGUCAUUUUGUAAAAGACUUAUUUCACACAAAUACAACUUUAAGAAAUUCAAUUAAAUCCUAUUUGAAAUGUCUUUUUCUUCUUCUUAAUAUUAAGAUCCUUUCCAACUAUACUACAGUAGCGUUUGAUGUGUUAAUUUUCUAAAAAAUAUUUUUUCUUUCUAUUUGUUCCUAGUGUUGCCAAUUUAAAAUAUUGACUAAAGAAAAUUUGUUUGUGAAAUGAAUUAACAAUAAUAUAAGGCCUCAACCCCACAGGUAAGUUUUUUCUGUCGAUAAUAUCAAAGCCGUUAUUGCGAUAAUGCGCUCUAAUUCUAUUGUGUCGAUUUUAUCGCAGCAGUGUACAUAAUGAAUUAAAAACAGAUAUCGCAAUAAAGCAUUCGUUAUUAUCGACCGAUAAUGCGGGGAAGACUUAAAAACGUCUAAAUUAGUAAUUUAUAAUAUUAUUGCGGUAAGUUGGUAGAGUAGACGUAUGUAAGCCUAAGACGAAGUGGAGAGUUUACCAUAGUCUCUGAUUUAUAAGAACGAAUUCCGCACAAAUGUCAUCCAACGUUUUUCAACCAACGAUAUUAAUUACCCUAGAUACACAACGAGCGCUCAAAAUGUGUCCCAAUCAAGAAGUGCUUGAACUCCACUCAAGCACUUCUUGGUUCACAGUCAUGCGCGGACCGUUACAAACACAAGAUGCCACAGAGCUCCUCGAAAAAAUGCGAAAAUAAUACUAAGAGUACGAAAAGUGUUGUUUUCGACAGGUAUCUAGUCAAUGUUUGUUAAUAUAAACUGAUUUAAUAUAAAAUAUUUGUGAUAUUCAAAUGCAUGGUCGGUUAUACGUCGCCAUAUAGCCGUCUCUUUUCCUCGCGGUCCGUGCCAUGCUAUAUUGCUAACAGCGCGUUCAGAAUUGCUCGUAGAGUCAAAGAACUAAGGGCUAAAUUCUUCCGCAUAUAGCAAUAAGUCGUAAAAUUUUACGAGCUUGCAUUUCGAACUGACAGAAGUCCUUGACGCAUGCAUUUUAUUUAAGACCUUAUAAAGUAUGUAUUAAAGGUUACUUUCAAUAUUUAAAUGCCUUAUAUUGAUUUUGACUACGCGAUCAUCUUACGGAGCUCCGUGGAUCGUUCAAUGUACCUUUAGGACAGGUUUCGGGCACGAUUUUGUUCGUGUUGGUGUAUCUAGGGUAUUUAAAGUCGUUGUUUUCAACACAUUUGCGAGAAACCUUACGUUUAAGUAAUGAAGGAAAGUUUUUCUAAUAAGAAAAUGGCGCUCAUUUCCGAUUGGCGCCACAGUACUAAAGUGAGACAAAGGUAUAGAUGAAAAGCGCUUCCAAUGAGGUUCGUCCAAAAUUAAAAAAAAAAACGUAAAAAAUACGCACGGCGCCAUGUAUGGGAGCGAACGGUUAAAUGUUUUACCACACGCUCAGUUGUAUGGCUCGUAAUUUUGAACUUUCGAACAAAGUAUACAACCUUCGUAAAUUCAUUUUUUGAGCAAAUGUGUUGAAAAAGAACUUUUAUUAAUUAAAAUUAAAAUACCCUUAUUUACUGUUCAAUACAAAACCGUCUUGUUAUUUUAAUUUCUUUUCCUUUGAAUAUUUACUCUCUAGAUAGAGCGUCUCCUUGUAAACACUGCGAUAAAAACAGACCAGGAGGCCUACUCUAUAUCAACGAAAAACGAAAUUUCGAUCGAAAUUUCGCACGUUCCCUACUCUGUUUCCUUUUCAUUUCGAAAAUUCGUUCGUCCGAAAUAUUUUGACAAUUAAAUUCUCCAAGCCUACUCUAAUUCACAAAACUUUCGAAGGAAAAGUUGAAUUUGACAGAUAAUUGUUCGAAAUUUUAACCUCAAAUCGACGAAAUGAAAAGUGUUACCUUUUCAUUUUUGUUUUAAUUAAGCCUAAAAUACAGUAUGGGUACGAGACUUUGACGCUCUUUUUUUAAGUUUUCAAAAAAUGUUUUUUUUCUGAUAUUUCUUCCAGAUUUCGAGACUAUUAAAUUUCUAUCUUUAAAAAAAAACUUUUUCCAUCGCACUGCUGCAAUUAGUAAAUAUUUUGAUUACGCCAUACUUUUUUGGGGUAUUUUGUAAUGAGACACAGACAUCAUUUUGCAUUUUCCUUAAAAAAAUAAAACUAUCAUCAUAUUAGUUAAAAAACUUACGACUUCAUCUUGACAUGGACUCGCGAGUUUUUUAACUAAUAUGAUGCUUGUUUUAUUUUUUAAAGUUAAUAAUAAUUUAACAAUAAUAAUUAAAUAAUCUUUUUAAUUUAAUAAUAAUAUAAUCUAAUUUAAUUCUCUUAAUAAUAAAUUAAUCACGUCACGUCGGUGUCGUUUCACUUUGCGCGCUUUCUAGGCAGUACUGAAAACCAGUGCUUUGCUCUUAGAGCAAAGGUAUCGCUGAGUUUUUGCCUUUUUCUGUCGUUGCGGCACACAGUUACAUACCUAGUAAUUAAUUGUUCUAUUUGUUUACUUGAAUUUGUGUGCUGUACUGAUGGGAAUAAUUGAUUUAUCUAUCUAUCUAAUUAGUUACUUACCGAUGUGAAGUGACUUUUUGGUUGUUUUUAUGCGUCCUUUAUAAUUUCAGCAAACUUUUAUCGCGCAUCUCAGCAUUUCAAAGCAAUAAUUACGACACGAAGCUCUGUAAUUGACGUGCGUAUCGCUCAGCGUUACAUUGAACACUAAGUGACGGGAAACGACUUAUAGAUAAGCAGUUGGUUGAUAUUUUUUUCAUCGU